AUGGCUUUAGUAAGAAGUCUUUUGGGUGCAAAGAAAAUUCUUGGCCUCUCCGUCGCAACAGCUUCAACGAGCAAAAGAGCAGCCUCUGCGGCGCCAAAAGGAUUUCUUGCGGUAUACGUAGGGGAGAGCAAGAAGAAGAGAUAUGUGGUGCCAAUUUCAUACUUGAGCCAGCCUUCGUUUCAGGCUCUUCUCAGUAAAUCGGAGGAAGAGUUUGGUUUCGAUCAUCCGAUGGGUGGAUUAACGAUUCCUUGUCCUGAAGAUACCUUCAUCAACGUAACAUCUCGGCUCCAAAGAUGA